AUGUCGGAUCCAAGUUCAAUCAAUGGUAUGUAUUUAAUGGAAUACGUUGACUCACGUACUAUAUUUUCGUGGUAUAUCAAGGGAAGAUAGUUUCUUGAAUUAA